AUGGACGAAGACACUUUUGUUCAUAGAUACUGUCACUCAAUAUUGGAGGAAAUUUUUAGUACGGCGAAUUGUAAAAUCGUGUGGGCAAAUGGAGAGUCUAGUACCUCAAAAGAACGACGUAAAUCUGAUGACAACAAGCAUGGACGAAAACCGGAUUUUAGAGAGCUCUUUGGAGAAGAAAACGAAUUUAUCUUUGGAGAGAUAAAACCGCCUCGUGCACCAAAUAAUGUAAUAAACCACGCUUUGGUUAAACUUGGAAUAUUUAUGAAAGGUUCUCUGGAUUCUCUACACAAGAAGUUUGGGUAUUCUCCGU